AAGAAAAAAAACGAAAAUUAAAAAUGCUGCAAAGCAUCCGAAUCUCAAUAAAUUAUGAACGAAUCUUAUGAGAAGAGCAGCUCCAGCACAGCGUGCUCUACACCCGUAGCUGGGGCGGCCCUGCCCGAACGCUACGAUGUGAGCGACACCUUCUACACGAGCCAGCGAAAGGGGAGGAAGUAUGUGUUUCGGGUACGGCUGGACAUCAACGGCUUCACACUGCAGCGGGAGUCGCCCAGCGGCACCAUUGUCAAGGAGCAGACUGUGAAACUAUGCGACAUUGUUGGGGCGCGAUGCAUGCGCCUGAAAAAGACGCGCCGCCUGGCCGUGGCCAGUGCGUGCGCCUGCAGCGCCGGCAAUCAAAAUUCCCCCGCCGCCUCGGUCAACCGCAGUGGGGCCACGCCCAGCAAGUGCAGCACGGCCAGCAAGGAGGAUUACGCCUGCGACGGCGAUGUGAGCGCUUAUCUGUAUGUCUUUGCGUAUGUCCUGAAAAAGAAGAGCCUGCGUAGUGAGUUCCACAGGGAGCGCACGGUGCUGACGCUGCGCUUCCGUUCCUUUGACACCUUCGAGGACAAUAUGCGUGAGGCGGAUCGCUGGUAUCGCGCCCUGCGCUGGCAACUGCAUCGCACGCUGGAGAGCAUUUUCGUGGUGCGCAACGAGGAGGAUCGCCGUCGUCGCAUUCUGGUCAUGCUCAAUCCAAAGAGUGGCUCGGGCAACGCCCGCGAAGUGUUCAAUAUGCAUGUGACGCCCGUGCUGAAUGAGGCCGAGGUGCCCUACGAUCUGUACGUAACGAAGCAUUCCAAUUUUGCCAUUGAAUUCAUGAGCACCCGGUGCCUGGAUGCCUGGUGCUGCGUGGUGGCCGUCGGUGGCGAUGGACUCUUCCACGAAAUAGUCAAUGGACUGCUGCAACGCGAGGACUGGGCCAAGGUGCUGCCCAGCAUAGCGCUUGGCAUUAUUCCCUGCGGCUCCGGCAACGGCUUGGCCAGGUCCAUUGCCCAUGGAUACAACGAACCGUACUUCAGCAAGCCCGUGCUGGGUGCCGCAUUGACCGUCAUCAGUGGCUGCAGCUCGCCGAUGGAUGUGGUGCGCGUGCAGCUGCAGAAUCGCUCGCUCUACUCCUUCCUGUCCAUCGGCUGGGGCUUCAUUUCCGACGUGGACAUUGAGAGCGAGCGCAUUCGUGUGCUUGGCUAUCAGCGCUUCACCAUUUGGACGCUGUACCGCCUGGCGAAUCUGCGCACGUACAACGGGAAGAUCAGUUAUCUGCUGACGGAGCCGCAGGAGAAUGCCCAGCACACACCGGAGCUGAAGAUGCAGACGAGCAGGAGCUGCAACAUCCAUAUCGACAAACUGUCCAACAACAACCCGAGCUUCCAUCAUUCCACCGAGUACCUGCCGCAUGAGUUUGCGGAUGUCAUCUCGCUGGAGACGUCUAUCAAUCAAUCGUUUCGCUCCCGCUGCGAUAGCUGGCUCUCGGGCGGGUCCCGGCGCAGCUAUUACUAUUCCGUAUCGGAGAGCAUCUAUCACAGCUUGGCGGAUGAGAGCGACUUUGCCGCUCAGGCUGCCAUCUCGCUGGAGAAUCGCCAGCAGAACUUUGGCCCGACGAGCAGCCUGCCGGAGCUGGACGAGCCGCUGCCCGAAGACGAAGGAUGGCUCGUCGAGGAGGGUGAAUUCAUCAUGAUGCAUGCCGUCUAUCAGACACAUCUGGGCAUCGAUUGCCACUUUGCGCCCAAGGCCCAAAUGAACGAUGGAACCAUUUAUCUGAUUCUCAUACGCGGCGGCAUCUCCCGCCCUCAGCUGCUCAGCUUUCUGUACAACAUGAGCACGGGCACGCACCUGCCGGAGGUGAACAACGAGUAUGUGAAGGUGCUGCCGGUGCGAGCCUUCCGCUUGGAGCCACACGACAAUCACGGCAUCAUCACCAUCGAUGGCGAACGCGUCGAGUUUGGGCCGCUGCAGGCCGAGGUGCUGCCGGGCAUAGCGCGUGUGAUGGUGCCCAAGUGAAACUACAGGAUGAACUUCACGACAGGAGCAAUAUAAUCUCUUUUAUAGGAAUCUCUGCAUUUUUUGUAUAUGUAGCGAAUAUUUGUUAUUGGUACUUAGGGCUAACCGAAGGAAGUUGUGCAUUCUUUUAUGUCAUUUUGUAGUUGCAUGCUUCUACAAAAUACACCAUUUUAUAUUGUUAACAUUUUCAAACAUUAAAUUAACAAAA